AUGGGGGUCUGUGCUUAUGGCAUUGUCUGGAAAGCAAUCGAUCGCAGGACAGGAAAAAUAGUUGCUGUUAAAAAGAUUUUUGAUGCUUUCAGGAACAGAACAGACGCACAGAGAACCUUUCGAGAGAUUAUGUUCCUGCAGGAAUUUGGAGAACAUCCAAAUAUCAUCAAGCUGCUUGAUGUUAUCCGAGCUCAGAAUGACAAGGACAUCUACCUCGUCUUUGAGUCCAUGGAGACAGAUCUACAUGCUGUGAUUAAGAAGGGGAAUUUGCUGAAAGAUAUCCACAAAUGUUACAUUCUCUACCAACUCCUGAAGGCAACUAAAUUCAUCCACUCAGGAAAUGUUAUUCACAGGGAUCAGAAGCCUUCAAAUAUCUUGCUGGAUGCAGACUGCUUUGUUAAACUUUGUGAUUUUGGGCUGGCCCGUUCUUUAUGUCAGAUGAAUGAGGACCAAGGUAACCCUCCUCUAACGGAGUAUGUGGCGACACGCUGGUACCGAGCCCCCGAGAUCUUACUUUCCUCUCGAAGUUACACUAAAGGUGUAGACAUGUGGAGCAUUGGCUGUAUUCUGGGAGAGAUGCUGCUUGGGAAACCUCUUUUUCCUGGAACAUCAACAGUGAAUCAAAUAGAGCAGAUCUUGAGGGUCGUUCCUGCCCCAUCCUCUGAAGAUAUUUUGGCUAUGCAGUCAGAUUACAGGGCCUCAGUUAUUAACCGCAUGAGUUCCCGGCAGCGAGUAACAUUUGAGGAGAUUUUACCGUCCUCUACUCCAUUGCCUGCCUUGGAUCUUCUGAAGAAACUUUUAGUAUUUAACCCUGAUAAGCGACUCACAGCGGAGGAAGCUCUGCAGCAUCCUUAUGUGAAGCGGUUUCACUGUCCUGCCAGGGAGCCCUCUCUGGAUUAUGAUGUGAUUCUUCCUUUGGGUGAUGAUAUCCAGCUGUCUGUGGGAGAAUAUCGAAAUAAAUUAUAUGAGAUGAUCCUUGAAAAGAAAUUAAAUAGCCAUCCAAAGGAGCGCGCGUGGAAGGAAAACAUUCAGCUGAGUCAGUCUGAAUCCCGGCCGCUUCUUCCAAAUUCCAGUUCUGCGACUUUACCUACCGGGAAAGGCCCGAGAGAAACACCACCACCUCUUCUAAAAACUUCGCAUGUGCGUGCUGGAACUACAACUGCUGUCCAGCCAGAAGUAUCCGACCAGAGUGAAGAUUUAUGUCAGAGAACGAAGAUCAAUGUGAUAUACAAUCCCAUAACACACGCUGCUGUUCAGAGUAAGGCAAAUUCCGGUGCUGUCAUCAGGAACUGUUCUAUACCACCACCUCAACAGACCAGAAUCUCCAACAAUAGGAAACUGGGGAGACAAAUCACAUGGGCAAAUGCAAACGCUCGGCUACCUCCUACGAGCGUACAGAACCUUUAUAAUAAUCCAAGAAAUACGCAGUUUCACAGCAAAGAUGUUCAUCCCCUUCUGAAGUCCAGCAAAAAGAUGUUCCAGAUUACUGCAAACACGGGAGCUGCCGGUGAUCCAAGAGCAUCGAUGGGCAGUUACUCCCAGGCCUAUGGAACCAUAAGUCAAUCUGCACUGCAGAGUCUUCCGAUAUUGAAGUCCUCCCAACAACAUGAGCAGUGA